CCUAUACUAUGUUUGGAUAGAGGUAUAGGAAAAUAGAUAGUAGAACUAAAUAAAGAUAUUAUUUUAGAAUAUUAUGUUUUAGGAUGUUAAGAUCUUUUUUAAUAUUUAGGAUAUUAAUGGUUAUUUUGUUUCUUAUUAUUUAGAUUUAGGUUAAUAUUUUAUUUCCUUUUUUUUAAUCUUAAUCAUGUAUAAAUAGAGGUAUUUCUCUCAUUGAUAAAAUAAUACAAAUUCAGUCACUACAAAAAAUAUGGCAUGUACCUACAUUUAUUUUGCCACGUUUAAUUAAUUGUGGCCAACUAUUUUGCAAUUAGGCCCACUUUUUGCAUUUAGGCACGCUUAUUAAGCGUGGGAAAAAUAGUGUCACAUAUAAGCGUGACUAUGAUUCAAAGAUAAAAUCAGCCACACUAAUAAGCGUGGCUAAAGCAUCAAUUCAGUCAUACUAAUAAGUGUGGCUAAUAUUCAAUAAAAAUAUAAAAAAAUAAAAAAUGAAUUCAGCCACAUUAAUAAGUGUGGCUAAAGGUUAAUUAAUUAAAAAAUAUAUAAAAAUCAAUUCAUCUUGGCUAAACACAAUUGAAAAAUAACGCAAUCUUCCCCAUUUCCUAAAUACUCCAAUUUUUUUUAAUCCUUAUUAAGCCCUCAUUCAAUCUUUCUUCCUUCCUCAUUUCCUGUGUUCAUUGUUGUUCUUCACUCCUUCACGCCUGAUUCUUUAGUCCUCAGUCCCUUAUUUCAUCUCUGUUUCUUCCUCGCGCGGUGUAGCCACAUCCUCCUCUUUCAUCUGCCUCACUCCCUCUCCUUCACGUCCUCAUGCGGUAACAAGGUUCACUCAUCAUUUCAUUUAAUUGAAUUGUUAAUGGCAAAUAAUACUUCCAUUUGUUUGGAGUCCUUCGAAUUACAGUGAUUAAUAAUGAUGUUGCAGAGAUUAGUGGAAGAUAGUGACCCGGCCAUAUAUGAGCUGAAGAAUACUACUUGCUAUUGGCCUAAUCUUGGAGGUUGUUUUUGUUGUGCACCGGCACCAGGCAGUAGAUGCAGCUUCUACAGAGGUUCGCUUCAAGGUGUUUAUGCUUCUGAUGAAAGACCUGCAACUGCUUGCUACUGGGUUUUGGGUCUCAAAAUGCUUCGCCUGCUACCGUGUCGUGGCUAUGAUCAUUUGAAUGGAAGCUGCUCCGUUUUGAAUUGCCUUGGACAUACAUUUUGUAUCUUUGAAUGUAUUAGUUGCGCUUGGACUUGAUUUUGUGUCUUUGGUUUGUAUUAGUAAUGAUGUGGCUUCUAAGUCUUGGACUAGAGUUGUAUUAAUAUGGCUUUUUUAUGGCAUUUUAUCAAAUUUAUUUUUCCA